AUGGAGAUAGCCAAAGAGAGAUCAGAGAAAGACAUGGCAACGCCGGCAGCACCGCACACCAGCGACGUCGAGGCUCAGGAUACGAAGAGUGCCCAAACAGACGGCAAGACGCCGUUGAACCAGAAGGUGCUGUCGGUGUCGGCGAACCUGGCACAGCUGCUGCCGACGGGGUCAGUGAUGGCGUACCAGAUGCUGGCGCCGUCCUUCAGCAACCAGGGCAAGUGCUACCCCUCCAACUGGUGGAUCACGCUCGGCCUCGUCGUCGUCCUCGCCGCCUCCUGCAUCUUCUUCGCCCUCACCGACACCGUGCUCCACGACGGCAAGGUGUACUACGGCCUGGCCAUCUACGGCCGCCUCAACAUCUUCAACCUAUCGAAGAAGGAGGAGGAGAAGAAGUUCAAAAGCAUACAGCCGGUGCUCGAGGAACGUGGGCUCAAGAAGCGCGACCUCGUUCACGCCUCCCUCACCGUCGUCGUCUUCCUCACCAUGGUAUUCAGCGACGUCGGGCUCCAGAACUGCUUCUUCCCCGACGCCAGCACCGACACUCAGCAGCUGCUCAAGAACCUGCCCCUGGGAAUGGCCGUCUUCUCCAGCCUAGUGUUCACCAUCUUCCCCAGCAAAAGGAACUUCAUCGGAUGCAGCGACCCAAACAGUGACAAGAACGACGACACCGCCAAAACUAAACGGUCUUCCGCUGCAUAG